AUGAUUCGCUUUCUGCUAUACGAAUUCGCAAUUGGACAUAACCAACUGAAUGCCAGUGGAAAUAGUCCCCUCAUUUGGACCAUACAGAAUAAGCAUUGUGAAUCUGUAAAGGAAGUGCUACUUUUUGACUACCUUUUAUGUAGCAAAGAAUAUACCACAAUGGAAAGAGAAAAAAAAGAACUGCAUGAACAUAUGAGGAAAGAUUUUUUGCAAAUUUCCCUCUUGAUGAGGGGAUACCAGCUAAGUGCCCAUGGUGUUGGAGGUGCUACUUUAAAUGGCGAUGGAGAAAUGUGGGGGAAGCAAAUUCGCCUGUAUAAGGAAGUCAACAAAAUCGACCUACUGAAGAAAAACGAAUUCGACAAGAGCAUUCUGUCGGAGUCCUUGAACGCCCAGGACGAAGAUAUUUUGCACCUCGUUCUGAGCCACCCCAUGUCGAGUGUGCUGAACGAGAAGGAUGAGUCCGCGAUGAGUGCGAUGUGCAUCGGCGUAGCCAACCGUGGAGACAGCGCACUCAAUAGGCACAACGGCACAUCGUUCACGACAAACCUAGAGGACGCAAAAAUAAUCCAAAAGUGA